CCGCGGGAGAGCCUGACACAGAGGCGGGGAAGGUGACCGGACCACGAGGCGGGGCCGGAGGCGGGGCCCCGUGGCGCAGUAAGACCAUGACUGGCGUGGUGGCUAGGCUGCAGACCGUGGGGAGCUGUGCCGCGAGUGCACAGCUGAAGUGGAACCAGAUCAGGGUGUUUUCCUCUUGGCUGAACAAAUGGUUUCCAAGAAAGAAGCCUGUGAUUGCUCAGAAAAAGCCCAUCAAGGUAUUCCUGAAGGCAGGGAAAACAUAUAAAUGGUGUGUGUGUGGCCGAAGUAAGAACCAGCCCUACUGUGAUGGCUCCCACUUCUUCCAGCGAACAGGCCUGUUCCCCCUCAGGUUCAAAGUUGAAGAAGACCGUUCCGCUGUUCUUUGCAACUGCAAGGCAACCAUGAAGCCCCCAUAUUGUGAUGGCACUCACAAGAGUGAACGAAUACAGAAUGCCCAAGAGGGUUCUCCACUCUGAUCAGCAUACCACACCGAAGGUGUUGGGUUUGGGUUGGCAGCAUCUUCUCUGACAUGGGGACCUCCCUUCAGGACACCUUGGAGGGCUUGGCUGCCAUCCCACCAGGAGAUCCUCCACACCUGGGUCUAGACUGAGCCUGUGUCUCCUCCAUAGGUGGGAGGCUUUUGGUGUCAUUCUGGAUUUGGUCUCUUGACCUGUUGGUCGGAGUAUAAGGAUCCAUGGUCCCCUCCACCCACAGAACCCAGGUGUAUGUAUUCAUCCCCAUCUGGCACCAUUAAAUAUAUCUAGUAAUGCUUUUUCUCAA